GGACCUAUUGACAAAUAUACCCUAGUUGGUUCAUUUAAUGCCUAUUAAAAAAUGCCAAAAAUUCCAACAAUCCCCUACAUGAUAUAAAAAUUGAUUUUGGGGUCGACAACAUCCCACGGUUGAAAACCUGCAAAGAACAUGUAAGUGUCUCCACUUUUGAACAUGUCCCUUGUAAAGUAUACCUUCUUUACUGGCUGUUCAGUAGAACGCGAUGUCUUUGAACUGUACUGCCGCUUGUGUAAACGAAAGCUCCAUCAGGUUGAGGACUCAUGAUGGUACAUUCUGCACCUUGAAUAAAGUUAGGCAUGUUCCACAGAUGACGAAGAAUCUGAUAUCCUUGACUCGUCUUGACAGUAAGGGUUUCAGUUUCGAAGGUAAAGGUGGAGUUAUGAGUGUCAACAAGGAUUCGAAGGUGGUUCUGAAAGGUAUUAAGCAUGGUACCUUAUAUCUUCUACAAGGAUCUGUCAUUGUUGCAUCUGAGAUUCAUAGAGGUGAUGAAAGUCUUAAUGUUGAGGUGGAGGUUCCGUCUGCACGGAUUGAGACUGUUGAUCACCUAGAAAAAUCAUCUGUUUCUACGCCUCAAUAAGGCGAUAUGCGCCCCGGGAGGGGGCGAUCUGGGCCCGUAUGGGGCAAUCUGGGCCCAUAAAGGGCAAUCAGGGCU